AUGGCGGCAUUUGCUGCGACCAGCCCGUGCCUGGCUGGCCUGUGCCGCCACGAGGCGAGGCUGUGUGGGUCUAGCUGGUGCGUGGCUGUUCCUGAACUGUGGAGGAAGGUCCUUGCUUCGGCAGCCGGGCAGUGCGUGUGGGACGUCCCUGCCCUGAUGGCACAGCUGGGUGGCAACAGACCCUCUCUGUGUCUCACCGAGAAGCUCCUGCAGGCCUGGAGAACACUGCUGCCCGUGCCUGAGCUAUGGUGGUGGAGGGUGUCCGUGAAGCGCCUCCAGGACUGCAGAGUUUCAGAGUCACAGAAGAUUGGCUACCUAAUGACUAAAGAGCGUCGUUAUUUUUGGAAAGGGAUUACAAAGCCAUUGACAUUUGCUGACUGUGUCGGAGAUGAGCUUCCUUUAGGAUGGGAAACUGUUUACGAUCAACAGAUCGGAGUUUAUUAUAUGGACCACAUAAAUCAGCUCACACAAAUUGAGGACCCAAGGGAGCAAUGGAGAAGGGAGCAGGAGCGCAUGCUGAAGGAAUAUUUAAUAGUUGCCCAGGAGGCACUCAAUGCCAAGAAAGAGAUUUACCAAAUAAAGCAGCAGCGUUUUGAACUAGCCCAAGAAGAAUAUCAACAAUUGCACAAAAUGUGUGAGGAUGACAGCCGUUCUUAUGCCAGCUCAUUCUCAGGAUUUUCAACUAAUACCAAGUAUGACCCGUAUCAGAUUAAAGCAGAAAUAGCCAGCCGUCGGGACAGACUUUCUAGGCUAAAACGAGAAUUGGCACAGAUGAAGCAGGAGCUGCAAUAUAAGGAAAAAGGAGUGGAAACUCUGCAAGAGAUUGAUCGUAAGAUGUCAAGUGCUCAUACAAACUAUAGGCUGGAUGAAGCACAAGCUAUAAUGAGUGAACUUCGAACCAUAAAGAAAGCUAUAUGCACAGGUGAAAAAGAAAGGCAGGACCUUAUGCAGAGCCUGGCCAAAUUAACAGAUGGAUUCAGGAAUAGCUGUUGUAUUACAGAUUCCCUGCAGGAUCUCCAGCACAAUUCUAGUUCGCUCAGUGACUCCUGUUUACCUCAACAACACUGCGAUGCUUGUUCUCAGACUGACAUCACUGGAGAGUUUGGGUUUGAUGACAAAACAAGACUUGUAGACAAAGUGAGACUGAACUGGCAAUAUGAAGAGGCCAAGAAAAGAGUUUCGAAUAUACAACAGCAGCUGGCCUUGCUAGACAAUGAAUCUUGGCCAGGAAUGGCUGAAGCGGACAGGGACCGACUUCAGCUCAUCAAAGAGAAGGAGGCUCUUCUUCAGGAAUUGCAGCUCAUCAGUCAGCAGAGACGAUCCCCAGAAGACAUUGCACGUUUGGAGGAAGAAAAAAGACGCCUGGAGGAUGAAAUUCAGCGGGCUCGAGCAACGUCUGCUCAUGGGGCCACUGAAAGGAUACUGUUACAGGAAAAGAGAAAUUGUUUGCUUAUGCAACUAGAAGAAGCUACACGUUUAACCUCGUAUUUACACUCCCAGUUAAAAAGGUGA